UUUAUUAGAACUACUGUGUAUUGAAAAAAAAAACAACAACAAUGAUAGUGAAUUGUUAAAGUUUGUUGUGUUUUUAUUGUUUUUUAAAAUGUAAGCGUUAGAAGGAAAAUGUGGUUAUUGGAAGGAAAAUCGUUUGGCGUUAAGUUAACCUAAACAGAGUUGGGUGAAUUGUUGGAUUGGAUGUGUGUUAAAAUAACCUAAAUCGCGAUUGUUUUUGUUGAUCGGGGUAAACGAACGUUUGUAAACAAAUCAUAUAGUGUGAAUGUUAUAAAUAAACUGUGUUUUUGUUGUUUUUUUCUGGUUCGUGUGGUUUUUUUUUUGGAGGGUUGUUUUGGGAGAAGUUAGUGGAUGGAGGAUGAUGUCUUUCAUGACUCGGAGGAUCUUGGAGCACCGAGUAGACAAUGGAAACACAAGAUAGGAGAAGCCUGCUCUUGGGUCAUUUGGUGUUCGGAAGUUGUUCUUGGUUGUAGCUGAAAAUGCGAACGGGAUCCGCUAUAAAUGGGGCCAACGUCACCGAGGAUAUCCCGUGGCUUUACGACAUCAACUUGGACGACACCAAUUGGAUAAUUACCAGCUCAUUUAUGAUUUUCACCAUGCAAACCGGUUUCGGAAUGCUGGAAUCUGGAUGUGUCUCUAUUAAAAAUGAAGUUAAUAUCAUGAUGAAGAAUGUUGUGGACAUAGUUCUCGGAGGAUUGACGUAUUGGAUGUUCGGAUACGCUUUUUCGUUUGGAAGGAGCAGCUAUGAUAACCCUUUCAUCUCAACGGGCGAUUUUCUGAUCGACCCUGAUAUUGACGAUCCUAUGAAGGGCGCAAUUUACGCUGCCUUUAUUUUCCAAUUAUCUUUCGCGACUACAGCUACCACAAUCGUCAGUGGAGCAAUGGCAGAACGAUGCAAUUUUAAGGCGUACUGCAUAUUCAGCUUUUGGAAUACGUUGAUUUAUUGCAUACCGGCUGGUUGGGUUUGGGGUCAUCAUGGAUUUCUGAAGCAAUUGGGGGCAGUAGACAUCGCCGGCUCCGGACCCGUUCAUUUGAUCGGCGGCAGCGCGGCUACAGCUGCAGCCAUAAUGCUUGGACCUAGGCUAGGCAGAUACGACAACGGUAUAGCUCCUCUGCCACUAGGUAGUCCGGUAAAUGCUGUGAUGGGUUUGUUCGUCUUAUGGUGGGGCUGGCUGGCUUUCAAUUCCGGAAGCACAUAUGGACUCAGCGGAGAGAAAUGGCAGUACGCCGCUAGAGCCGCUGUCAUGACGAUGAUUUCUUCCUUUGGUGGAGGAGCCUUCAGUAUUUUAUAUUCUUUGAUACUGAAAAACGGUAGAAUCGAAGUUCUAUCAAUUAUUAAUGGGAUAUUGGGUUCCUUGGUUUCUAUAACUGCAGGCUGUUUCUUAUAUAGGGCCUGGGAAUCGCUUCUUAUUGGCGUUAUUGGUUCCUUUUUGGCUUGUAUUACAAUGCCGAUGUUUGAUAAGCUAGGUAUUGAUGAUCCGGUGGGUGCAAGCUCCGUUCAUGGUAUAUGCGGUAUUUGGGGUGUUCUUGCCGUUGGAAUAUUUGCGGAUAAUCCGAUACCAUUAAAUACGACAAAUGGGUUAAAAGGCUUGAUUCAUGGUGGAGGUUUCUAUUUACUAGGAAUACAAGCGUUGACCUGUUUGUGUCUAGUCACUUGGGGUAUGUGCUCUUGCAUGUUCCUACUGUUCGUCAUCAACAAGAUGGUUGUCAUUAGAAUGGAGGUGCAUCAUGAGCUGCUGGGUGCAGAUUUAACCGAACAUCACAUCAAGCACGGACAGGUCGGGGUAUCGAGGGCCUUGUCCGCCCUCCGCCCUGUAUUAGACACAUCCAGCGUAGAGAACAUCAUAGCUGUUGGUUUAAAUCCGGGUCACGACAUAAACCUGAAGAGCCUCAAAAAUAUGACCAACAAGAAGAAAUACAAACUAUCGAAAAUGUUACGGGAUAUCACCAAGAAUCGCAAUUUCGGUAUCAACGUGGCACGCCAGCUGUUCCCGAACAAGAAAAUCGAGAAGAAACGAAGUCUAACAGUAAAGCGCAACAACCUGAUUACACCGAUCUCGUCGGACGCGAAAUUCCCGCCUCCGAUUCCUUGGUUGGAUUAGGAACGACCAGAACA